CCCAUUCCCAGCUAGUUUGUGCACCCGAGGACACACCCACAGAGACUCCCAAAAUCUUAUCUAAUAAUUUUACUUUUCUUCCUCCUUUUUGCAAACCACUACAAACCACUAGACGCCCCCCCUCCCCCUCCAAAAUAACAGAGGACCUUUCCCACCCUUCAACCUCUGAAAAAAGAUGGCCUCCACCUUCUCAUUGCAGAUGGUUCAUUGCCCUCGCUUCAGUUUCCAGGGUCAAGCUGUUUCAAAUGCUCAUAGCCCACAUAUGAUCGGUUCAUGGUCAGCUUACUCCCAACCUAACUCAUCUGCUACCGUCUUAGCAUCGAAACUAAACUAUGCAUCAGGUUUGCCUGUAACCCAACUUUCUAAAUCCCCUUCCGUUAAGUACCGAAGAAUGGUCUGCAAUUCCAUGGCAAAUGAUGUAGAGUUGCAAGCGAAAGUGACGACCAAGUGCUUCUUUGAUGUUGAAAUCGGUGGUAAGGCUGUUGGCAGAAUUGUUAUGGGCCUUUUUGGGGAUGUUGUUCCUAGAACUGUUGAGAAUUUUCGUGCUCUCUGCACAGGAGAGAAUGGAUAUGGUUUCAAAGGAUGCUCCUUUCACCGUAUUAUUAAAGAUUUCAUGAUCCAGGGUGGUGAUUUUACUAAUGGAAAUGGAACUGGUGGAAUGAGUAUUUAUGGAUCGAAGUUUGAAGAUGAGAGCUUUGCUUUGAAGCACGUUGGACCCGGAGUAUUAAGCAUGGCCAAUGCAGGUCCUAAUACCAAUGGGAGCCAAUUCUUUAUUUGCACAGUAAAGACUCCAUGGCUGGACAACAGACAUGUUGUUUUCGGACAUGUGAUCGAUGGAAUGGAUGUCGUGCGUGAACUAGAGUCCCAAGAGACAAGCAGGACAGAUGGCCCUCGAGUACCAUGCAGAAUUGUCAAUUGUGGGGAGCUGCCUAUAGGAGGCUAAUAUCCGAUCCGUUUAACCACUACCACAAAUCUCCCAUUUUAUCAUUUACUUUCUCUGCUUCAAGAUGAUUUUACCUGGUAAUACCUAUAACAGUCGGCGUUAAUUAUAGAAGAGAGAAUUUUGGAUGAUACUUUAUAAGCUCUUGGCAGGGGUGUGCUAUUAUCCUUAUCAUUUUUUAGGGUGUAAGUUUUCAGAUUCCAUCAAAACUCUUCUCUUAAUGGAACAUCUGAUUUUUCUA